UCGGCGUCGGCGCAGUGUCCGCACGACCGUCGACUCCUGCGCAGCACGCGCUCGACCCUCUCCGCUCUCCGUUGAGCAAGAAUCGCGGUUCUCGUCGCAUCGGAAAAUAAAUAUUUGUCGAAAGAACAUUAUUCAUAAAAUAACGCAAACAGUGAUAUUUAUAGUGAUUAAUUGGACAACUGGUAAAUAUUUUUACGGGAUAUAAAACACCAUAAUAAGGUACAUUGCAGCAUGGUAAAAGUGGAGUACUAGGAGUGUUAUACGUAAGAGGAUCAAGUGGUUCAUAAUGUGCGUCAAAACUAUCGAAGUUAGAACGAUGUUCGUCGCAAUGAUCUUAGUGUUAGUGAGUGUGGUGGGUGCUAAUGUGAACUCUACGAGUGAGCUGGGAGGAUCCCGCAUGGCAUGGAUGAAGUCCUUGCUGGACCACCACAGCUGGACUGAGUAUCUCACCAACAGCAACCUGACCCUGCCCGAGAAGUGCGAGAGUGACCUCAAAGUCUACUUGUCGGCUCUCAACGAAGGAAAGCUGUGGGCUUCGAAAAUAUUCGAUGCAUCAGGCCAGUACACUCCUAACGUGUUAUUUGGCAACGAGUAUUGGCUGGGCUCACAGAAUGCCUGCCGCGACCUGCAGCUGAAACAGUACUAUGCUCAGACGCCGCCCUUCCCCACAACUUUCUACGUCGCUAAAAUCAACCUUACUGUCGACAAUGAUCAUUUGCCACAGAGUCGACUGAUGCUAGUAGGAGAGUGCGUACCAGCAUCAUGCGACAUCAGCGCCCUCACCACCAUACUCGGCGCCGCAGAACGAGCAGCCGCUGCGCAAGCGUCGGACUCCGGCCUUCUAGCAUCAUUCUCCACCGUCAAAGUGCGACCUGUGCCCGGGGAUUAUGACUUAUUCGCUGAUCCUAAACUGCAGAUACUUGGAUCAGUGAUGACCAUCGUACUGACCCUGAUGCUGUUCGCUUCCCUGUACGAGGGCUACCUGGAGCGCAAGUACCGGCUGGCCAAGGAGACCAGGGACCUGGAACUGGCCCACGACGGCAACGCCAACCAUAAGCAACCUGCCAAUAACAAUGUGGCGGUCGAUGGGAAGCCAGUGCCCACGGACAAUGGAGAUCGAGACCUUCGGCGGGAAACUUGCGGACUAUGGGCGGAGGUGUUGUUAUCGUUUUCCAUCUUGUCGAACGGGCGCACGAUCCUCAGCACGGACCCUCCGAACGACGGGGCCCUCACAUGUCUUCACGGAAUGAGAUUCAUGUCAGUGAUUUGGGUGAUAAUGGUGCACACAUACCUGACGAUAUUCUACGUGGCUGACAAUAAGACUAUGCGGGUGAUCACAGAACGCAACUUCUGGUACCAGUCCGUUGGGAACGCAUCCUACUGUGUGGACACCUUCUUUGUUAUCAGCGGAAUACUCGUCACAAUUUUAUUUUUACGGACGGAAGAUAAAAAGUCUGCGAAAGCUGACCAGCAAGAUAAACAGGACAUCAACAAGAAUCUCAACGGCUUCAGUAAUUCCGCACUUUCCAUCUCUGUGAUAAGCCAACAAUCUUUUAAGGAGGAUUUAUUAGACAAGCCUAAAACCAGCGCUUAUUCUAUGGCAGAGUUCGUGACCAUGAUCAAGUCCUUCUUUAUUUUAUUAUCCUAUAGAAUAGUGAGGCUCACGCCCGCCUACGGCUUUGUGAUUGGUCUCAAUGAGAUCGCUCUUAGGUAUACACACGACAGAUCAGUGUUCGAGCCCGCCAUAUUUGACCACAUCACGUGUGAUAAGUUCUGGUGGCGCAACUUAUUGUACAUCAACAAUCUCUACCCACAACGUGAGAUGUGCAUGGUCUGGUCCUGGUACAUGGCCAACGACACGCAAUUCUACGUCGUCGGGAUUAUACUUUUACUUAUUUCUGUCAAGCAUCCGAAGUUUGCGAUGGUAUCUCUCGGGUUGUUGAUGGUGAGUUCAUGGGCGACCACCAUCUACAUAUCUGUGUGGCAUCAAUAUAAGGCACGGAUACAGGAGCCGUUUGAAAUGUUCGACCCAUUGUAUGAUAAGCCCUGGUCGAGGAUUGGACCCUAUUUAGUCGGAAUGAUAGUGGGAUGGUACUUGCACAAGACUAAGUGUCAAUUGAAGCUGCCGUAUUGGGUAGUGGCGGUCGGCUGGCCGGUGGCGCUGGCCAUCAUCGGCAGCCUCAUCUUCAGCAUGGUGGACGGGUACUUCGAAGUUUGGCCUACGGCCUUCUAUAUUAGUAUUGGACAUACUGCUUGGGGAGUAGCAGUAGCAUGGGUGGCGAUAUCCUGCUGCAGCGGAUACGGAGGGCUGGUGAACUCAGCACUCUCAUACCGAGGGCUGCUCCCUCUUAGCAGGCUGACGUACUGCGCCUAUCUGGUGCACCCUACCAUCAUGAUGUACACCUCAUUCCUGCUCGACGGACCUUAUCAUAUGCAGAAUUCUACUGUGCUCGCGAUCUACGCCGGAUACGCUGUGAUGGCAUUCUUAGCUUCAUUCGCCAUAUCACUAGCAUUCGAAGCUCCAGCCGUAAGACUUCUAAAGAUCAUCAGCGGAGCACCACGAAGCAAGAAGACCGUAAGGGCGUGAACACAUUCAUGAAACUCCUCGGCUGAAGCAAUAACACGCGCAAAAUGAAAGUGUUCAUUACUUACGUCACUGGUCCAACGCGCACAUUGUAAAUAAACUAAUUCCCAAUAUUACUUACCUUGCCAAUAUUUCUUAAUGCAAACGUAAGUUCGAAAAUCCGAUAUCCUGUUUAUUAAGAGAUUUAAUUUCCUGUGUCUGUCUGCCUGUCUGUUAUGACAAAACAUUCCAUAUGAGUGCGCCGUAUCGAAGCUUUAUUUAGGUUGUUAUUUUAAAACCCCGACUCGUUAGGAUUUGAUAGUUACCAUAAAGACUUUUAUAGUUACCAAUUGUGAGUUCAUAUUAUUUUAUCUGACGGUUUUGGACAUAAAGUUAGUGUAAUCGUAGGGUUUUCGGUCGUACGCCGAGUCACUGUUCGUUGUAACACGAAUUCAAAGGGUAAUAUGUUAUUGCUUUAUCUUUACACGAGAAUGGCACAUUGUCACAAGUGCGAGUCAUCACGAGCCCGCCGACCCAGUUGUGAACUUUAAGCACGUCCUUAGUGGAGCCUAGAGAUUUUGGCAACCGAUUUUAAAUGCAGCUGAUGUUGCAAUUUUGGUAGUUAGUAUGUAGAUAAAAUUUUGUUAUUGUAAGCUAUUGCCUAUAGAAAAAAUGUAAAUAAUAAGGUAAACAAAACGAAUAAACAAUCGCAUAUCGCCAUCGUCUACAAAGCCUUAAACCAAAUAAAAUAAAGCACAUUAUCAUCUAUCUCACGUUUUCAUAAAUCAAUAAAAUGAUUUCUCCAAUUGUCGAAUAUUCCGUGUCGCUUCAGAAUAUGAUAAUUUAUUAUGAUUACACUCCAUAACCGCGCCUACAUGCAAUGAAUCAAUCAUGGCGGCUCACCGCGCGUUAUCUCGCUCGCCGCAUACAUAAAUCCUCUUUGUAUAAUAACUAGGUUCUUGUUAGGGACCCCAAACCGUAUUGUGUGUCGCCACUGAUCUUGUUUUUGUUGCCAAAAAGCGGGACAGAUGUUAUUUGAUAAAUAUGCAGAGGCCUUAGUACGAUUUUUUUUUACGUUUACGAGUACUCGUUCGGAGGUUUGAUUGGCCGGUGCCCAUGAACCAACCAAUCAGAGCGUCAGACGCGGUCCCAUUUAGUUUACUUUAAGCGUAAAAGAAACUCGUACUAAGGCCUAAGUACUAUUGUCUUAUGGACCUGUGUAAGUACUAGCAGAAAACAUGCUGGUAAGUAUAAAUGGAUAGGAUUAUGUUCUUGCUUGUUAAUAUAGACAAGGGUUUGUUAAAGAAUCUUCUUUUACAAUCUUUUUGGGUGACAAUGUUUUGCCUGUAGACACAAACAUUUGCGCGUUAUUAGCGGGGAUGACCGACCAUUGUUCAUAAAACCCCUAGUUAGACAAUCUGACUGCGACCGUCUAAAAAGCCGUCAGAUAUACAUGAACUCCGAGGCAUAAAUUUUAUUGUGUCUGAAAACUGAAUCCAAUAAAUUACAAUAAUUGUGUUAAAUAUGUAUAAUUCGAGGACCUAUUAAAUAUUUUCUACCUCUAAUAAGUACGUAGUGUCGUAAGCAGUGUUAGUUCUUAUUUGACGGUAGUGUAGGAGUAGGUCCAAGCAAACUUUGCUUUCUUUGGUAAGUUAGUACAAUUAUAUUUAAUGUAUUUCUUAUCAAUAGUUAGCAAGGAGCGUAUGAUUUAGUUUUUAAUUAGAUACGGUAAUAUAUUUUUAACAUGUGAUAUUUUAUUGAAUAUUUAGAGGGUCCUUGAUUAAUAUUCUCAUACAUUUUCUUCAUAUUUUAUUGAUGUCAUAUUUUAUUAUUCUUAUAAAUGCAUGACCUCAGUAAAUAGAAUGAAAAAUGAAAUGUAAAUAUAAAGUAUUUCGAUCAAAAUACUCUGACACGUUACAUGAUAUUUGUAAAUAGCUGAUUUUAUAUA